UACACAACUCAAGUUCAUGGCUCAACCCUUCCACUCAUCCAUAUAAAUGUUCUGUGCAUUUUUGGUCUGUAUCUUACAAUGUCAUUAAUGAAUGAUCAUAAUAUCGAAGAAAAUAUUUUCUCAUUAUAUAAUGCACAAAAGUGGAAAGAAAUCACUGCUCUAUCUUGCAUAAAUGACGUGAAGAUCUGUAGACUAUCAUGGGUAUUGCCUGAUAUAGAUGAUUUAUAUUGGAUAAAUGAGAUUGUAAGAAAGUAUAUAUUUGGAAUUGCAAGCAUCGGUUGUGGUUGUGGAUUACUAGAAUGGUUAUUGCAAAAAUAUUCAGGAUUAGACGUAAUGGGUAUAGAAUUGGAUAGUUCCUGGUGGAAUAGCAAAUAUUCUCCACCACAAUUCUUGAAAAAUAUUUUUGUUGAAAAGACGUCAGUGAUUUUCCAAGUACCAAAACGAUAUGCUAUGUUAUUUUGUUACUUUAAUAAUAGUACUGCAUUCUGCAAUUAUAUAGAAAAUUACAAAGGCAAUUUAAUUCUCGUUAUUGGACCUGUGCAAGGGAAUGGGAAUGAUUGUACAACAGAUCCACUACCAUUUGAUAAAAAAUUUGAAGAAUACAACUGGAAAUUAAUAAAUAAGAAAAAACUUGUGCAUUCAAACAAUUAUAUUACUGCAUACACUAAACAAUCCAGACCAUAAAAUAAGAAAAAUAUAGGUACUAAAAAUUACAAAAUCCAAUUCAAUAGCACUCUUUCUAAUUAUGCAAGAAAUAAUCAAAAAAAUUUUAUGAGGAAAUAUUACUUGUUUAAAGCAAAAUACACAAAAAUUGCGAAAUUACAUUUUUGAGGAUUAACAAAAUAGGAAAAUUUUGAUGUGAGAACGUUUAUACAAAAUAAUUAGUCAUUGUAUUUUAUAGUGAUGAACAAUAAACGAAUUAUACA